GCGUGGCCAGUACGAAAGCAAGCCACCAAUUCCAGAACACAAGCAACACUGUCAAGAGCUGUGGAUGCUGGCGAUACAGGAACUUCAACAUCGCAUCACAGUCCACAAAGACGUCCUUCACAAGGGUCUGGCAGCCACACGAGCAGGCCUACCAAGAGACGUCGUCCUGAUGUCGCACCAACACCAGCAUUAAGCCCACCCCCACGUCGUAUUUCAACUGUGUUGCCUCAGCCACCAGAACAGAUUUUGGAGAGUCCUCAAUCACCGGAACCACAUUCCCCUCAGCUGUCUGAACCAGACAUCAUGCCCCCAGAAGCCCAGCAGGAAUCUGAACAACAGGAAACAUACACCCUCCAUCUGCAAGCAAUAGACGUUAACCAACCUACCACGCCUCAGGAAAGUACCCCGCCACCCCAAAUAUCACCACACCUACAAUUGAGACAAACAACCACCCCACAACAACCUGACCCAUCAUUUUGGGUAACAUGGAACCAACAACAGGCACAGAAUAUUGAUUGCCUAUGCACACACACCCAAUACCUAGCCAGUCUGCCCCAUCAUCUACCAAGACUGUAUAGAAACACAAGCAGGCUCAAUGUCCAGAUAUGCAGAGUCGCAAACAGUAUGGAGCAGAUGAGAGCAGAUAACAGCCAACUUAUUGUUACCUUUCAGCGCAUAAUGGAUGAGCAACACCGCCAUCAACAAGCCCUCAUUCAGUUAAUUCAAAAUAAUCAAAUUACAUCAGAAACCAUGUCCAGAAUCAUAGACAACAACACAACAGCCACAACACAACUUACCGCAACCCUGGCUAACCUCAGUCAAAAUAUUAAUUUGUUGGCACAACACCAACAAGGUUCCAGCUCAGGGACCAACACACCUACCCAGACCCCAAUUUCAUCACCAGUUCGAAGAUCAAUCCGAACCCGCUCCACUGUCCAAACCAAACCCACGUCAGCCACCAAAGAACAGCCUAAGAAAUAACCAACCCUGCAGCUGGAGACACAUUGUUCACAAUCCUAGGCCUACAAAAUAGUGCUUAUUUGAAAUUAAAACACAUGUUGUACAGUAAUAAAUGUGAGAAAUGA